AUGUGCAGAGACAGCUUCGUUUAUCUCGUUGGUAUUCCCUUAGCAGAAGAGUAUUUCAGGAAGUAUAAGUUUGUGUCAGCUAUUGACGCUUUCAGGAAGCUCCGGGAUGAACCGGAUUCGGAGCUGUUGGAUAUAAGGGAUAGGAAGAAUGUGAAGUUUCUUGGGUCUCCUAAUUUGAUGAUGUUGAAGAAGGAAGUGGUGCCGGUUGAGUUUAAGGAGGGGAAUGAAGAUGGGUUUGUGAAGAAAGUUUUGGAGAGGUUUGAGGAUGCUGAGAAUACUGUUGUGUUUAUUUUGGACAGUUUUGACGGUAAUUCCAUGAAAGUUGCUGAAUUAUUAUUCAAGAAUGGUUUUAAAGAGGCCUACGCGAUCAAAGGUGGAGUUAGAGGCCAGCAAGGGUGGAUGGCUAUACAGGAUACCCUUUUGCCCCCUCCACUACAAAACAAAUUUCCACCGUCCUCCCUUUUCAUUCCGUAA